GUCGCUGGUGUGAGUUGAAUUUUUUUUUUGCCGCCGCCGUUUGACUUGCUACUAUAAUUGAGUGAGUGUGUGUGUGUGGUUCAAAUUUAAAGAAGUGAAGCAAACUGAAUAUCUAAAUAAAAAUUAUAAAAAUCUAAAAUAAAUUUACAUCUCAAUCAAUUCAUAAUUUUCGUACUGCUGUAUAUUUUAGAUGCACUCUCAAAAAAAAAUCAUUCUUAAUCGAAAUUUUAUAGUUAGUGCGUGUGAAACUGUUUCGCAAUCGAAGCAACGCAGCGAAGACUAAUAAAAAAAAAGAAGACGAAGAAGAAGAGAAGCCUACCACGCGUCCGUCUCUCGUUCGGCACACGUAACUGUGUUUGACAGCAACAGCGUCGUCUCCGUCGUCUUUCUCUGUGUGCGUCUGUUACGUGUUGUGCGUGUGUGUGUUAGGUGUGGUGUAUAUACAAAAUCGAUUGAACCAACACCAGAGGAGUCGAGAGCCAGCGCCACCGCGUGUGCCGUUACGCCAUUUUCAACGCAUAUUUUUUUCUCUUGUUUGUGUGUGUGUGUGUGUGCAGUUAUAUGUGAUUUUAUUAAAUUUUUUUUUGGGUUACAAAAGUAGCUCAUGGUACAAUAAAAAAAUAUAUAUUAUAAAAAAUAAAUAAAUAUAAAUAGGCAGUAAAAAAGAAGAAAAAGAGCGCAAAUUAUGGAUAAAUCGACGACAGACUCGUCAAAUGCCGCCGCAGCAGGGGCAGGCAGCAACAACAAUAAUAGUUGUAAUCAAAAUGAGGAGGCGACCGCCGCAACAACACCAAUAAACAGCAACAUGCCAAGUGCUGGGUGUGGCAGUAGCAACAACAAUGCCACUGGCAGCAGCAGCAACGGCCAAAAUGCUAGGCCCACUAACAACAACAGCAGCCGAGCAGCUAAUACCUUGCAACAUUUAUCGCAGGCUGCGGCCAUGGUAGUGCUGCCAAUGGCAAAUAACAAUGGCGGCAGAAGCAGCAGCUCCACAGCAACAUCCGCAACAACAACCACAACAAUCAGCAGCAACAUAAUUAACCUCAAUAUCAGCACCACAACUGGCGGCAAUUUUGGCGUCAGCGUCGAGCCUCACAUAAGCGUGGAGAACCUUAAGAAGAUCAUAGCCAAAAAAUUGAAAGUGGCAAAGGAUCGCAUUUGCUUAUUGCAUCGAGAGAAAGAACUUCAGGAUGGCAUGCUCAGAGAUCACAAUUUAAUGGACGGUUCCAAAAUUAUUUUAAUACCAAAUGUUGAAACUGGUUUAUUGGCUCAGCGUCCGGAGAACACGGUAAUGCAGGCGCUGGAAUCGCUAAACGACUCGCAGGUUAAUGAUUUUCUAAGUGGCAAGACUCCGCUGAAUUUGAGCAUGCGUCUGGGAGAUCACAUGAUGCUCAUACAAUUACAAUUAAGUACCGUCAAUCCGGCCAGCGGAGGUGCCGGGUCGGGAGGCAGUGCAGCGGCAGUGGGCGGCAGCAACAGCGUAGCAGCAUUGACUGGCGCCAGCAGUAGCAAUGCACUAACGACAACUGGUUCCAGCGCCAGUUCGAGCUCCUCCAGCGGUGGAUGCGUCUCCAAUGGCGGCGGUGGCGGCGGUGGCGGCGGCGGCGGCUUGAGCUCCUCGAUGCGUACACAUGCGCGUCCACGCGUCUCGCAGGUGCGCGUUGCAUCUGGAAACUCUGUCUAUCGCAUCGGCCAGGGACAUGUGCAUAGCCAUCAGCAUCCGAGUCUGCAGUACGGACACAGCCAUCAUCAUCACCACCACCACCAUCAUCAUCACAAUGCCUCGGCCUUGGCUGCAGGCAGUGGCGGCAGCAAAGUCCGUGAAGUGGAUGUGGAUCGCGCCAGUGGCAGCAACAGCAACAGCAGUAGCGGCAGCAACAGCAACAGCAGUGGCAACAAUAGCCGCAUGCUUGGCACCAGCAGUGGCAGCGGCAUCAAGAGCUCGUUCCUCAGCAAGAACGACUACGAGAGCUUGCAGAAUAUUGUGAAGAGCAUUGCUUUGGGGCAGACGCCACGUGCAGCCGCAAUCGAAGCCGCAGCUACUGCUGGCAAUGCCACAGGAGCUGCAGUUGCAAGCAGCACCGCUCUUGCGACACAACCAGCCACAGUGAAGACAACAACAGCAGCAGCAUCGCCUUCAGUGGCGCUACUGGAACAAUCGCCCAUUAAGUCGCUCUCGAAUCUCGUCUCGAGUCCCAUCAACAUUAAAACGACUACCGCGGCCAUCAAGAACAUUCCCAUUUCGUCGUCUGCUCCAAGUAAAAGUUCCUCGGCAAGCAGCAACAUUGUCGCCGCUGCUGCCAUUGCCACUUCUUCUUCUUCUACAUCUUCUACUUCUUGUCAACACGAUCCCAUAGCUGCCAAGCUCACAUCCUGCUUGUGCACGCGACUCUCCACGCCGACAGCAGCGGCUCAGUCAACCAGUGUGGCUGCCGCUGCCGCUGCCUCACAACCAAUUUUGAGCAAAUGCAGCGAAACGGGGUGCAGUAGCAGCAGCAGCAAAAACAUUGCUCCGACGUCCAAAAGCAGCAGCAAUCCAACUGCGCCUGCCUCCAUUGCUUCGAGCAAUAAUGCCCAAAUGCUGCACAAGACGGUGAACAAUCCGAUAACGCGCUCCAAGCACCGCCACCAUCAUCACCAUCAUCACCACCACCAUCACUAUCAUCAUGCCGCAGCUGCGGCAGCUGCGGCGGCAGCAGCAACCAACACUCGCAACAAGUCGCACAAUGACAGCGGCUAUGGCGCUGAAGACUCGCCAGCCGCUAGCAGCACCCCAAAUGGCACACCAAGCAACAGCAGCAGCAGCAGCAGCAGAAGCAGCACCACCGAGCUGGAUGACUCUGGUCUGGCUGUUGCAGAUACACGCACAUUGGCCGAAGCCUCGCGCAGCUUAACACAAACGUUGCGCAAACUCUCCAAAGAGGUGUUCACCAACAAGAUCGAUCUCUCCGGCUGCGAUGAGACACCAAGGAAGAGCGGCUCUGGCGCCGUCAUUGAGUCCAUGAAGAAUCAUGGCAAGGGCAUCUAUUCGGGCACCUUCUCGGGCACUCUAAAUCCGGCACUACAGGAUCGCUACGGACGACCCAAACGUGACAUAUCCACCGUCAUCCAUAUACUUAAUGAUCUGUUGAGCGCCACACCCCAAUAUAGUCGGGGGGCGCGUAUUAGUUUUGAGGCGCCCACCACCAGCGUCAUUACAGCGGGCAGUAGCAGCAACAGCAGCAGCACCAACUCCACCUCUAGUUCCGGUUCCAGCAGCAACAGCAACAGCAGCUCCUCAGCAGCAGCAGGAACAGCGCUUAGCGGACUGCAUCAUGGAUCGCGCAAGCUGUACUCCGGCAAGCAUCACAAUUGCGCCAAAUGCAACAGUCGGGCGCAACAGCAGGCAGCGACGGCGGCGGCUUUAGCCGCAGCUAACGGUACAUGCGCCUAUGGCGAGUGCAAUGGACAUUAUGUGAACAAAACAACAGCAACAACAACAGCAGCACCGCACAGCCCCAAAAGCUAUACGUGUUGUCCGGACUUGGGCAGCCACUCCUCGCCCUGCGCCGCCAACAACAGCAACGUGAGCGCCGGUUCCGGCUCCAGCACCAGCUCUGGUGCCAGUUCCAGUUCCAGCAACAUCUCGAACGCGAGCACAAGUGCUGGUGGUGCUGGUGGUGGUGCCUGUAGCUGUCGCUAUCGCCAGACUGGGGACAACAACGAGCCCUGCCCCAAGUGUGUGGCCAAUCUGAAGACGAAGUACAAGCUGGAUCAGCUGCGUUGGGUGAUGCAGCAGCAUCGUCAGCGGCGUGAGGCGCGCAAGUUGAGGAGUAUACCCUAUGUGGCAAGCGGCAGCAAUGUCGUCGUCGCCGCAGCGCAUGCUGCCGCUGCCACACAGUACAGUGCAGUAAGCAGUAAGCUAACCACUGUGGCUGCUGGUGGUGCCAACGAGAGUAGUUCCAGCACCAGUACCGGUUCUGGUUCAGCAACAGCCCCUUCUACUGCCACUACCAAGACGACGACGACGCCUCCACUCAGCAGCAGCAGCAGCAGCAACAACAGCAACAACAGCAGCAGCACAGCAACAACAACAUCAGCGGCUGCCACAGCGCCAACUAGCGAGGUUUCGCCCAAUCACAUAGUUGAGGAGGUGGACACAGCUGCUUAAGCUGCUCCCAGCACACCAAGCAGUAGUCGCCCAAGCAGUCAAAGCAGUCGAUCAUCAAUCAAUCAUGAUCAUCAUCAUCAUCAUCGCAAUUAUCAACAUCAUUUAGCAAUGCAGCAAUCUAGCAAGCAACCAAAACGGAAUGUUCUUUUAUUGUUUAUGAAUACAUACAUCUAUAACAUUAAUUUGUUUAUGUUUAAUUUUUUGAUUAUUAUUGGUAGCAAGCAAUCCAAUUUGCGCCAUUCAAGUCCUUUUUGUAGCAUUUACUAGUUUAUGCCAGGCUGGCGUCCCAGCUACCAACUAUCGAUUACCACUAAUAACUAACUGUAACUAGUUAUGUAUGUAUGUACCACCACCACCACUACUACUACUAUUACUACAACCACUACUACUACUACUACUAUGAUUAUUGUCAUUAUUAUUAUUCUUAUUAUUAAAACUCAUUCUCUGUUAUGAAUGUAAACAAAACACGCGGCAGCAAAGAGAGGAGCGAUCUAAAAUAUUUGUCUGCAAACAAAAAAACAAACAAAACAAAAAACAACUUCAAUUCAAAUUGUAUAUUGCGGGGUUCGUAACAACAACAACAAAUAUUUCUCAUUGAAUGUAAAUGUAUUGCUUCAAAUAUUAUUAUAUCAGUCUAUAGCUUGGAUCUGUGCUUCAAAAGUUUUCGAUCACUGUAACCAAAAAAAAAAAAAAAGUCGCACAAAUAAUUUUAUUCC